AUGACUCUCGGUUUGCCCACUGGCGCUGUCAUGAACUGCGCUGAUAACAGUGGUGCCAAGAACCUCUACGUUAUUGCCGUCCGCAACAUCAAGGGUCACUUGAAUCGUCUUCCUGCUGCCGGCGCUGGUGACAUGAUUGUCGCUUCCGUCAAGAAGGGCAAGCCUGAAUUGAGAAAGAAGGUUAUGCCCGCCGUUGUUGUUCGUCAACGUCGUGCUUGGCGUCGUCGUGAUGGUGUUUUCCUUUACUUUGAGGACAAUGCCGGUGUUAUCGUCAACCCCAAGGGUGAAAUGAAGGGUUCUGCUAUCACUGGUCCCGUUGCUAAGGAGUGUGCUGAUCUCUGGCCCCGUAUUGCUUCUGCUGCCGGUACCGUCGUUUAA